AUGGACGUCCCGGACAAUGGCCGUACCGCAACCGAGGCGUCUCUCGAAAUGGAAGAAAGUUGGACUGCCGACACAUUUCAUGGCAACUUGAUAUUCUCAAUACUGGUCGUGGAUAGUCGGGAUCUGCAGGAUAGUGAAAACGGUUUGCCCGUUUCCUUGGAUUCAGUCGAGUUCCGACGGAUAUCUAGAGCAAGGAUAUACCUAGGUAUCUGCAUGGCUAUCUCGUACGAGGACCCUGUCAACUCCAUAACCCAGGUGUAUUAA